AUGAAAACAAAAACAUGGAAAAAUGGGAGUGAUUGUUGUUCAUGGCAUGGGGUCAUUUGUGAUACUGUCUCUAGUCAUGUGAUUGACCUUGACCUUGGCUGUGAAGGCCUUAUAGGCUCCCAAUUUCAUUCUAAGUUUGGGGGCUUCAAGAGUCUUACACAUCUUGACUUGUCUUCUUCUUCUGCCUUUCAAGGAGAUGUUCCUCCUCAAAUCUCACACCUUUCUAAAUUAAUAUCACUUCAUCUCUCUGGAAAUAAUGAGUUAGUUUGGAAAGAGAGCACUUUGAAGAGGCUUGUGCAAAAUGCAACAAAUUUAAGGGACAUGUUUUUGGAUGACACAAAUAUGUCUUCAAUUAAAUUAAACUCCAUUGAUUUUCUCUUCAAUCAUUCCUCCUCUUUGGUUACUCUAAGUCUUAAAUACACAGGAUUAAGCGGAAACUUCAAACAAAGCAUCCUCUGUUUACCAGGAAUUCGUGAACUAUAUAUGCCAGGUAAUGACUUUAGAAGUCAGCUUCCAGAAUUGAGUUGCAGUGACAAUCUUAGAAUUUUGGAUUUUUCAUUUAAUAAUUUUCAUGGACCCAUUCCUCCAUCAUUUUCUAACCUCACAUAUUUUACUUCUCUAGAUUUAGGGGAAAACUCUCUUAACGGUUCAAUUCCAUCCUCCCUUUUGGCUCUGUCAUCUUUAACUUCUCUAGAUCUCUCUUUAAAUGAUCUUAGUGGCCAACUCCCAAAUGUAUUUCACCAAUCAAAUACACUUCAAGAAUUAGAGUUGAGUUAUAACAAAAUUGAAGGUGAGCUUCCAAUAUCACUUUCUAACCUUAGUCAUCUCAUUAGCUUGCACCUUGCUAAGAAUUCAUUUAUUGGUCAGAUCCCAGAUGUGUUUGGGGGAAUGACCAAACUACAAGAUCUCUCUCUUUCUUCAAACAAUUUAGAAGGAGUAAUUCCUUCUUCAUUAUUUAACUUGAAUCAACUUGUGACAUUAGAUUGCUCUAAUAAUAAACUAGUGGGUCCCCUAAUCAACAAAAUUCCAGGUUUGCAAAAGCUAAUUGUAUUGCUUUUAGAUAACAACUUGUUAAAUGGAACAAUUCCUUCCUCCCUGCUAACUUUGCCUUGUUUGAAAUAUUUAUAUCUAUCAAACAAUCAAUUUACGGGUCAUAUUAGUGCAAUCUCAUCAUAUUCCUUAGAAGAGCUUUUUAUAUGCGACAAUAAGCUACAAAGCAUUAUUCCAAAAUCGAUUUUCAACCUUUCAAAUAUAACUAGACUAUGUCUAUCAUCAAACAACUUCAGUGGUGUUGUUGAUUUUCAAAAAAUUUCCAAACUUCAAAAUUUGCUUUCCCUGUCUCUUUCACAUAAUAGCCAAUUAGCAAUAAGCAUUGAAUCCAAUGUCAAUUACAGUUUUCCUAGACUAAUUGAAUUGGAGUUGUCUUCUUUGAGUUUGAAUGAACUUCCCAAAUUCCUAGGAAAACUGCCAAGUUUGGAUUCUCUUGAUAUGUCCAAUAACAAAUUUACUGGAAGUGUUCCCAAUUGGUUACUUGAAACAAUUAACUCAUUUGGAUUUUUGAACCUUUCUCAAAACUUGUUCACUUCGAUAGAUCAGUCCUCAAGAAGUAGUUAUCAGCUCGGUUUCCUUGAUCUUAACUUACUACAAGGUGAACUUUCUGCCUCAAUUUGCCACAUGAGUUCACUAAAAUUUCUCAAUCUUGCACACAACAAAUUGACAGGUACCAUUCCACAAUGUCUUGUUAGUUUAUGGCAUCUUGAAGUUUUGGAUUUACAAAUGAACAAAUUUUCUGGCACUUUGCCAAGUAAGUUUUCAAAUGACAGCCAACUUUCUACUCUAAAUCUCUAUGACAACCAAUUAGAAAAGUGUUUACCGAAAACUUUGUCCCAAUGCAAAAAGCUGGAAGUUUUAAAUAUUGGCAGUAACAGAAUAGAAGACAAAUUUCCUUACUGGCUUCAAACUCUGCAAAAUUUGAAAAUAUUGGUUUUGCGAGACAAUAAGUUCCAUGGUUCCAUUGAUAAUCAAAAGAUCAAUUAUCCAUUUCCCAAUUUAAUUAUUUUUGAUAUCUCAGGAAAUAACUUUAGCGGUCCGCUACCAAAAAUCUAUUUUAAAAAGUUUGAAGCCAUGAAAAAUGUUAUUCAAGAUCCAGAAGGUAGGUCAUAUAUGGAAAAGGCUUUUAUUCCUGGUGUAGCAAUUCAAACAUUUAGAUAUAAAUCAAGAAAUGGAUCAGAGCAAUAUAAGAAUUACUCUGAUUCUAUUGUUGUGAUGAUGAAAGGAAUCAAUAUGCCAAUGGUAAAAAUUCCAAGAAUCUUUGUAAUUAUUGAUCUGUCAAGAAACAAAUUUGAAGGAGAGAUUCCAAAUGUUAUUGGUGAGCUUCAUGAGCUCAUAGGACUUAACCUUUCCCAUAACAAACUCGUUGGUCAUAUUCCCCAAUCCAUGGGAAACUUGACAAACUUGGAAUGGUUGGAUCUCUCCUCAAAUAUGUUGAUUGGUAUGAUUCCUGCCGAUUUCACAAAUCUAAACAGCCUUGAAGUUUUGAAUCUUUCCAAUAACCAUCUUGUGGGAGAAAUACCUCAAGGAAGUCAGUUCAAUACAUUUUCAAAUGAUUCAUAUGAAGGAAACUUGGGGUUAUGCGGAUUUCCUUUGUCAAAGAACUGUGGACCUGAACAACAUUCUCCUCCUUCACCCAACAAGCUUUGGAGUGAAGAGAAAUUUGGAUUUGGAUUUGGAUGGAAGCCAGUGGCAAUUGGAUAUGGAUGUGGAUUUGUGUUUGGAAUAGGUCUUGGAUAUUGCAUGUUUUUAAUUGGAAAGCCUAGAUGGCUUGUGAUCAUAUUUGGUGGCCAACCAAAGAGAAGAGUGAGAAGAAGAAGAACAAGAGUGAGGAGGACCAAUGGUUCAACCAUGAAUCAGAUGAUAUAAAUGUCAUAGUUUUGUUGUUGUUGUUAUCUUUCUGACUGUGUUAGUUUUAAUUUUCUAUUUAAAAUAAGCUUGAUGAUUCUUGUUUGAUCAGCUACUUUGAUUGUGUAUUGUAACUUGUAAGUUUUUCAAUGUUGUUGUUAACAUGUUGCUGGUGUUAUGUUAAAGUUGUAUUUAUUUUGUUUGUGCUUAAUAAAUAUAUUG